AUGAAAAAAACAUGGGUUAAACGGGAACACAUAUAUUAUGUCCCAUUUUACAAACAAAAGUCCAAGAUGUUUCUACUAGGAAUAUUUUUCCUGGGCAUUGUUUUCUUCGUCUAUCAAGCCGUUUCCAUAAACCAUCUUCCCAAUGCUCUGGAGGGCACAAUGAGAGAUUUACGAAAGAGACAUAAACAAAUACAGGCGUCAUUGGGACGUAAACAAACAGAUGUUUCUGAGGAAGGUGAGGUGGACUCAAAUACUUUUCAAGAUGUAGGCAUUAAAAUUAUAAGAGGUAUAAGACUGUUCGAUUACGAUUCGUACAAACCGAAUUUUGAGGGCAAAUUUCGCUGCCUGGAUGGCAGUAUAGAAAUACCAUUCGAACGUGUGAAUGAUGACUAUUGCGAUUGUGUGUCGGACGGCAGUGACGAACCCAGCACUAACGCCUGCAAAAAUGGCAAGUUCUAUUGUAAAUACCAGAAACGGCAUAUUACUGGACGAGGACGGGAUGUAUUUGUUCCUAGUAGUCGGAUAAACGAUGGAAUUUGUGACUGUUGUGAUGGCAGUGAUGAGUGGCUUGGAAAAACAUGCAAAAACAGUUGUCUUUCCACCAACAAUAGCUACACCAAUCCACCUGUCGAUAAGCAUAGUCUAGUUGUUCCACCUAUCGACAUUGAAGUUUUCUCUGGCGAUUUUAUAUCUUGGCCCACUUUCCGGGAUCUGUUCACCACCAUAUUUAUAAAUAAUUCUCAAAUAUCAGACAUUGAACGUCUCUGCCAUUUAAUACAGAAGACCACCGCUGAAGCUUGUGAAAUCAUUUCCAGAUUUCCACUCACCAAUACUAGUUUCCCUUUAGCGUGGAAAGCUUUGUCCGACACGUAUGAGAAUAAACGUAUCGUUGUUAAUAGUCACCUUAAAUGUUUGUUUGAACUCCGCUCCACAGAAGUUGAAACUGUUGCUGGUCUUAAAACCAUCCAGUGUGGAGUUAAUAGUUGUCUUGCUGCAAUGUCAGUCUAUGAAGUCACCACGGAUCAUUGGGAUCCGAUUAUUGUUUACAUUUGUUUGCAGCGUUUGCCAAAAUUGAUUUUGAAUCUUUGGGAGCAAAGUAUAAAAAAUAAAUCGUCGUUGUCCUCUUGGAUAGAAUUAGACACAUUCCUCACAUAG